UAAACAGGCGAGACAAACAGAUCAAUAAGCUCUAUUUGCACCAUUUCAAUGGAGAACUCGCAGCAACAGUCAGAAUCUGAGGAGGAGAUGUCAUUCGAACAUAAAAUUUUUCAAGAUUUCAGUGGAGAUGGGCCUUCAUUCUUCCACCGUCCAACAUUUGGACAAGGGAGAUUUGGAUUUAUGUUUCCACGCAACCGACUGGUUAUACUGAGUCUGUGCCUGCUGAAUGCAGUUCUGCUGAUAACCGCUGUUGUCAUUGGGAUUUACUGUGCCAAAGCCAAAGACUUUGAGAUUCCUCAUUCAGAUGCUAUACCACUCAUCAUAGAGCGGAACUUUCUCCGCAACCACAGCGGGAUCAUCAAAGCUAAAGUGGAGGCCCAGAUGGCACUGGCCAGAGAGCACACCAGCCAUCUGCAACUGAAACUGGAACUGAAGCAGAAGAAGACAAUCACUGAUAGUCUUCAGAAAGAAAUUGAGAUAUUACAGAGAGAAAAGACAAAUCUCCACACUAACAGAACAUCUUUAGAGGCUAGCUGUGACAGAUGCCCACCAGGAUGGAAUUUUCUAAAAUCAUCCUGUUAUCGUUUUGCUCACCGAGAAGUGGUUGAACAAAAGAACUGGCAAGAUAGCAGAGCAGACUGUGUUCGUCAAGGGGGCGACCUGCUUGUGAUCAAUAAUUUGGAGGAGCAGCAACUCAUCAGUGAGAGCAUUCCGAGGCAGAGCAGCAGCAGUAUAUGGUGGGAGAACGGAUACUGGAUCGGCCUCACUGACGUGGUGUCACAAGGAACCUGGGUUUGGAUUAAUAAUGUGACCGAGGCGGAGACAAUGUACUGGAGAAGCGGACAGCCAAGCCACGGUGAAGCUCAGAGCGGGAGCUGUGCUGCUCUUUAUUACUACCAUGAUACUAUGAAGACGUGGUAUAACGUGAACUGCCGACAUCUACUGAGCUCCAUCUGUGAGAUGGAGCCACGUGCGACAUGAGACCUGAUCAGCAGAAAUCAAAACAACUGGAGCGCAAUGAUGAUGAUAAAGAAAAAUGAUUUCACAAUUUUUUUAACAUUUAUAUUAUGUGUUAUGUGAUAUAUUUUUAAAGACAUCGGUGAAAUGACAACAAAUUUGUGCACACUGCUAUUUUUUUUUUUUUUGAAGAAAACAACUAUAUUAGGUGCAAAAAUGAAUUUAAAAACCACAAAAGAACUUUCCACAUCUGUAGCAGAAUGGAAACAGUAGAGAUUGGUUGCACAUUGGCAAAAUCUCAAUAACUUUUUGUAUAUCCAGAUGUGUAUGGAACAAGAAAUGUAAUGAUUUUAAGCUACAUCAUACUUGAUUACAAGAAAUAAAAAAAAAAUUCCCACGACAGAACAACUGCUUCAUUGUUGAAGAAACUAGAAAUCGUCUUGUUUAGGUGAUCGCAAAAUGAUUCCGCUCUGAAACUGACCAGCACCUCUAGUAAAUAUUUAACAAAUGGA